AUGUUCCUGAAUCUCCCACCGGAAGUUGCGUUGGAGGUUUUCCAAAAGCUUCUGCCGCCAGAGGCCCAGCAGAUGCUAGAAACACUUGAGCAAUUUAGUCCAGACUCAAAUGCAGCACGAUAUAGCAACUUGCUUUAUAGUCGGCUCCAUUCGGGCCACGUGGUUAUUUCCGUAUCCGAAGUGACACCUCCACUUUAUGAUGUACGCUUGACACCAGAACAAUUUGCCCAAAGUGUCAAGGACCCCCGUUUCUUGGCCCAAUGUCCACGUAUGCUCGAUAUUAUCUUUGUACGGAAUCUACGUGACUACGUGAAGUUUCAAGACAGCCUCUCUUUGUUGCGGGAAAUCUUGGCCCAAACCACGGUACGCGAGUUUCUAGGACGCAUCCCUCGUAUAUCAUUCCAGUUGAAUGGACGAAGUACCACCAUUUAUGCUCCAACGCUGUUGCUGGCCCUGGUGCUAAGCACAAUACUCAUGCUAAUCAACGUACCCAAUGUGGAGACCCUCAAAGUCAACUCUACAGAUAUUGGCUUGUAUUUUCCAGAUAGAUGGGGCGCUGUUUUCACACAAUUUCUGCUGUUGAAAGUAUUAGCAUUGCUGGACAAUCUUCUUCAACUGCCGCCUCUUUUAGAUCGUCGUUUCUUGUGGCCACCUAAUCUCCGCGUGCUUUCACUAAACAAAAACAUGCUUUCUUCUUUCACGCUAGAUCUUGCUGCUCAACUUCCCAAUUCUUUGGUGGAGUUAGACUUGUCAGGCAACGAACUCACAAGUAUGGGAGAAGCACCCCAAGAAUCUUUCUCGUUGGCAGAACAACUUCCGAACUUGCGCAAACUCAACUUGUCUUUUAACCCAUAUUUAGUGCGUCUUAAUCACCGAUUACUAGAGGGGGCUGGCCAGAUGGAAAACCCACUUGAAAUCCUACUAGAAGGAUGCAAUAUUACAGACAGACAGGGGCUAAAGAACGUUGCAAUAGGAGAGCAAGUGCGUCUAUACUGGUGA